GGGAAACUUAACACCAAGGGUAUUAAAGCAGUGAAAAACGGGGGGUUCGUUCCACCAUGCUGUUCGCCCAGGAGCAAAAAGCAAACGACAACGACAUGAACAACGGCAGCUCCCUCUUCCUCCUGUCCACAUUUGAGCUCCCGUCCGCCAUACAGAUGCUCAUAUUCCUGCCCACGUAUACGGCGGCCGUCCUCGCCAACCUGCUGCUCAUCGCCACCGUGGCGCUGUGCGCGGAGCUGCACAAGCCCAUGUACGUCUUCCUGUGCAACCUCGCAGUCGGCGACAUCAUCGGCUGCACGAGCUUCGUGCCCAUGCAGCUGCACAUCCUCCUGACGGGCGACAGGCGCAUCCCGUUCGCAUCCUGCGUCACGCAGAUGUUCUGGAUCAACGUUUUUGUGAGCAACGAGUUCCUCACGUUGGCCGUGAUGGCGUUGGACCGCUAUGCGGCCAUCUGCUAUCCGCUGCGCUACCACGCCAUCAUCACGACGAAUCGGUCCUUUGCCGCGCUGCUGCUCAUGUGGACGAUUUGUGUCGCCAUUCAACUGGUCAUCCAUCUCCUCAUCAUGCGUCUGACGGUGUGGGUACCCAUUGGCCAACUGCAGGGCAUGUUCUGCGACCACGGAAGUCUGCUCAAGCUCUCCGUCUCCAACACCCGUGUCAACGAAGUGUGCGGUCUGGUGGGCGUCGUGUUAACGGUGGUGGCACCACUCUGCGUGAUGGCCUUCACCUACUGGGGCAUCCUGCGGCAGUGCGUCAGGAUGAAUUCGAAGGAUUUUAACAGGAAGGCACUCUACACCCUCAUAACGCACUUCUCGGCACUCGUCGUCUGCUCUUCGGUGGUGUUCACCUUGGUGCUGGUCCCGCGCUUGGUCGGAGACUCGCAGAAUGCCUUUGUGAGGACCGUGACCUUGUCCGUUCAAUUCCCCAUCAUUGUCGUGCCGAUUGCAAAUGUACUCAUUUAUUUCUUUCGGACCAAAGAAUUGAGGCAAGCGUCCAUCAAAUACUGUCAAAAGUUAGUUCUUGGAUCAGUCGCAUCUUUCACGUCUCGCAAGGUCUGCGUCAAUGGGAACUAA